UGCAAACUUGCUGCCAUGUCACUUUGCAAAUGGGAUUCGGUCUCUGGGUGGUGCACAGGGGACGAAAGGAAAGAAAGGUCACAGAGCUGGGGAUGCCCAUUUCCCUCUGCCCGAGCCUCACCCACAGCCCUCACCUCAGUUCCUACCUACCUUUCUCUUUCUCCAGAGCUGCUUCCUUCCCUGGGCUCCUCCUUGUUGAAUAGCUGCCAAAGUGCUUUGGUUUCAUUUCCUGGAAAAGUCCAGCCCCGAGCAGAGACGGCCCAGUUGAACGAAAGGCAGCGGUGGCCACAGAGGCCGUGGCAAGAUGGCUUGUUUUGGCCCCCAACCACCCUACAUGAGCCCGGCCGUUCCUUUUUCCGGAGUGAUCCAAGGAGGUCUCCAGGAGGGACUUCAGAUCACUGUCCAAGGGACCAUUCUUCACUCCAGCAUAAACAGGUGAUGGUGAACAAGAGAGUCUUCGUGCAGUACCCACACCGAGUGCCCUUCCACCUUGCAGACACCAUCUCCGUCGCUGGCCCUUUGCAGCUGUCCUACAUCAGCUUCCAGAGCUUCCACGUGCAGCCUGCCUUCUCGGCGCCGCAGUUCUCCCAGCCUGCCCACUUCCCACAGAAGCCCAGGGGCCGCAGACCGAAACCUCAGGGCAUUUGGCCUGCCUACCCGGGUCUGGUGAUUCAACCCCCCAUGCACGGUGCCCCUGGACCGGUGUUCUCUGUACGUCUGAAAAUUCUGGAACACUCACAACGUCGUGUCUUGCUUCUUCAACCAGAAGAGAAUUCCCUCAAGUCCCAGAAAUCCUGGAAUACUGCCUACAGUGUACCCCAACCAAAGCUAUGCGGGCUGCACCCAUCCAGGGUCAUCACUGUGUCAGGCAUUGUCCUGCCCAACGCUAAGAGGUUCGACAUCAACUUGCGCUGUGGGAGUAACAUCGCCUUCCACCUGAACCCUCGUUUUGAUGAAAACACUGUGGUCCGAAACACUCAGAUCAAGGGCCGCUGGGGGUUAGAGGAGCGAAGGCUGUCCGUCAAGAUGCCCUUCAGACAAGGCCAGAGCUUCUUGGUGGCGAUCAUAUGCGAAGGCCACUGCUACAGGGUGACCGUGGACGGCCAUCACCUGCUGGAAUACGCCCAUCGCCUGACAGACCUGAGGGCCAUCAAUCACCUGGAAGUGGCUGGUGACCUCCAGCUGACCCACGUGCAGACCUAAGCAGGCCAGGAGGGCUGGCAAAGGGCUGGGUGUGCUGCUGUCUGCGUCUCCUCCUCCUCCCCCACCUCCCUGCCAGCCCCAACUUCCUGAGCCAGGCCGUCCCAGCAGAGGGCACCCCAGGCGUGCCAGGCAGGGGAACCAGCGGGUCCACACUUCCCAGCAGAGAAGGGGGUCCUGAGCCUCAGAAGCCCCAGCCCAGUCCCACACUGCACAAGGCUCUCACCCACUUUCCCAUUCUUUGUGCAGCCCCUCCGAGGGCCCGAGCCCCUCCAGGGACGAAGUGACCUCCGCAGCCCUUCUCAGCCUCUGUCCUUUAACUUCUGCCCUUGGCUGCGCACCCUGCUGCAACUCUGUGCCCUCUGGGGAGACUGCCCUGGUGACACCCUGCUGGCUUCCACCAACUGAGCAGAACCUUCUCAGCUGUGGGUUCUUCCCUUUCCUACCACCCUUAAAAUUAAGAAAUGAACGCCUGCCUGGCAAGCGCAA